AUGGAUGGCGUUGCCAGCACUCCGCACUACCGAGCAUGGACUCCCGAGGUCCAUUGGCGCCGGCGCCGAUUGUUGCAGCCACCCACCAGCCACGCCAUUGAUUCGAAGGCCUCUCGGAUCAUUCCUGUGGUGGCACGACAUGGUGGGCGUGAUAAAUCAGAAAGAGGUCGCGUGAUGCCACGGUAUUGUACUUGGCGCUGUGGAACUCGAGAUGGAGCGAGUCGCGUGUCGAAUGCCCACAACCGGGCAAGCGCGGAAAAUCCAAACGUCAACUGGUCACUGGUGCAUUCGUGGCGGCAUGCGGCUCCUGGUCCACCACGGGCGCGCUUGCGUCGCCGCAUGGGGACCCUUUUGGUCCGUCGUCUUGGAAAGCCCCUAUUUUCAUCAUUUGCAUUUGCUAGUACAUCCUUCUUUGAAUACCGAGCCUGGAAGAUGUACCCUAGAUCGUGUUUUUUUUUGCCGCGUCACGAGCUUCCUGCCAACCGUGCUAAAGCCGCUGUUGAAGCUGUUGAAGCUGUUGAAGCUGUUGAAGCUGUUGAAGCUGUUGAAGCUGUUGAAGCUGUUGAAGCUGUUGAAGCUGUUGAAGCUGUUGAAGCUGUUGAAGCUGUUGAAGCUGUUGAAGCUGUUGAAGCUGUUGAAGCUGUUGAAGCUGUUGAAGCUGUUGAAGCUGUUGAAGCUGUUGAAGCUGUUGAAAAGCUGCUGUUGAAGCUGCUGUUGAAGCUUAUCGCGGCCCUCGUCAACGCGCCCGUCAACACGCCCGUCAACGCGGGCAAACAAGGGCUCAAUUUAAUACGUAUCGCGUGCCACAGCUAA